AGGGCAGUGGCAGAGCUUAUUGAGCACGGCUUAGAUCCCAUGGCUGUGACUGAAAUUGGAUGGACACCCCUGAUCAUAGCGACCGAGAGGGGACACGACACCAUCGUUCUUCAGCUGCUCGACCGAGGUGCUGAUAUCGAGCAGCCAUGCAAGAAUCUCUGGACUCCUCUCUGUAUGGCUGCAAGCCGAGGCGACUUUCACAUGUGCAAGAUCCUGCUCAGCCGUGGGGCCAACAUCGCGGCCCAGGCAAUGGGAGGCUGGUUUCCGCUCUCGCUGGCUGCGUCCAACGGCCACGAUCCCGCUGUCAAUCUUUUGACCCUCUGCGGCGCUGACAUCCGCAUGACCAACGACAACGGCUGGACGCCUCUCAUGGCCGCCGCGGCCAAUGGCCACAGCUCGACGGCCUUGAUUCUCAUCCACAAGGGCUCUCAUGUGGAGGCCAAGAGCAAGAACGGGUCGACGGCUCUCAUGUGUGCCGCCGAC